AUGCGAUUUACUCUUUUCGCUCUAUUCGUUUCCUUGGCGGUUGUUGUUCUCGCAACCCCUGGGGCUGAGGUCAAGCGCGAAGCUGCUCCUGAAACCGACAACUUGAUCGAUCUGGGAAGCACUGGCGCUAACCAAUACAAUGGCCAAGGCGAGGGAAUUGUUGGCGUCGAGGGUCUCGGUGUCGGACUCUGA